UGUAAAUUCUACGUCAGCGCCUCGCCGAAGGCGCUGUUGCUCUUUAACGAAGUAUAGAAAUGUCUCCGUGUAAAGUUUUGUGUGGGCUUAUCUUUGUUUUAUUGGUUUAUGGAAUUCCUUCAGAAGGACAGAAGAAAAAGGAGACACUACUGACAGACAAAGUCGGUCAAAUGAUGGAGUGGGCAACUAGAAGAUCAGUGAUACGAAUGAAUGGAGAGAAGUUCAGACGUUUCGUGAAGGCCCCUCCUCGUAAUUACUCAAUGAUAGUGAUGUUCACUGCGCUUCAGCCCCAGAGGCAGUGUGGCGUGUGCAAGCAAGCUGAUGAAGAAUACCAAAUCUUAGCCAAUUCUUGGCGCUACUCCAGUGCUUUCACUAACAAGAUAUUCUUUGCUGCUGUUGACUUUGAUGAGGGAUCAGAUGUUUUUCACAUGUUGAACAUGAAUUCUGCCCCCACAUUCAUGCACUUUCCAUCGAAAGGAAAGCCAAAGCGUGCAGAUGCAUACGAGUUGCAGGUUCGAGGUUUUGCGGCAGAGCAGCUGUCUAGAUGGAUUGCAGACAGGACCGACAUCAAUAUACAAGUGAUCAGGCCUCCCAACUAUGCUGGGCCACUGAUGCUGGGCUUAUUACUGGCAGUCAUUGGAAGCCUCGUGUACCUGAAACGCAACAGCCUCGAGUUCCUCCAUAACAAAAACGCUUGGGCUUUUGCAGCACUGUGCUUUGUGUUGAUCAUGACCUCAGGACAAAUGUGGAACCACAUACGUGGACCGCCAUAUGCACAUAAGAAUCCCAGUACUGGUCAAGUGAAUUACAUCCAUUCGAGUAGCCAGGCCCAGUUUGUGGCUGAGACCCACAUAGUUCUCCUGUUCAACGCUGCCGUUACCCUUGGCAUGGUGCUUUUGCAUGAGGCAGCGACAUCCGACAUGGAAAUAGGGAAGAGGAAAAUUAUAUGUGUUGCUGGGAUCGGCCUUGUUGUCCUCUUCUUCAGCUGGCUCCUGUCGAUCUUCAGAGCCAAAUACCAUGGUUAUCCUUACAGUUUCUUGAUGAAUUAAUUGGGACCAGGAAAAAUGAAGACUUCUGAUGUGUCUGGGAUCAAGAAGUUCAUGCCUCAUGCUAAUCAGAGAACACCAAGGAAUUUCCUCUAACUACACCCUCAAGUGCCUUUUAAUUGAAACUUGUUUUAUUACAUAACAUUCCCUAUUGUCUGUUUUCCAGAAAUUUUAAACUGUGAAUUGGAUCAUUCUAUAGUACAGCAGUCUUGAACUCAUUUGAAUUUGCCUGUAUUUAUAAGGGCUCUUGUCAAUUUUAAAGGGCUUCUGAAAAAGGAAGGUUUGUUUUUGGUGUAAAUGGUACUGGCUGUAGCAAGUUUAACCAAGUAAUAGUUUUUGUGUGAAACAUUUUUUAAAGGCUCAUGCUUUGUAUGUUGUAGGCAUGUUUGUAUGCGGACUGAAUACAUGACUCUUUGGAUGUCAUGUGUGGUUAGUCAAGAUGUAUUUAAUGGACUAAAAAUCUUGUUUUACUUGCCAUUUAUCAACAAGAAUUUCCUUGUUCAUUUAUUUUCACCUGUUUCUAUGAACAGUGUAAACAAUUACCAAUUCAGCACUGAAAUGAACUUUAGUCCUUUUCAUGCCAUAUUCACUGGAUUCUAAUACAAAGUGCUUUCCAAAUCUCAGUGAGGGGACUGACAAUUUUUGUUCCACAAUAAGAACCACAUUGUUUUCCACAAUCAUGAGCAUAUGUAAAAUUCAUUUCAUUACAGAAUGGCAUUGCAAAAGCUUAAACUAGGUUGUGUGUGUGUAUGAAGGAAUUUUGUCCCCGAAGGAAUGGAUUCGUGCCGCUCUGAUUGUAUAUUGUGGCACGUUAUUUUCCAGCCUUUCCCCAUUUGCCUGUAUAGUUCAUAAACGAAUUUGACUGCAUUCUGAAGUUGCUUAUAUGGUGUCAACAAAUGCUUUAUGAAUUCCUGAAGCUUCUUUUAUGGUAGAGGAGCAUGAUGGUAUCUCUUUUGUGAAUGUAUGGGCAUAAAUGAGCAUUACCAUUGAACUUUAAGUACUCUGUAGAGUUUGGGGUUUUUUUUUUACCAAGAGGUCACAAAUGUGUUUUUUUUUUUUUUGAAGAAAAUUUAGAUUGUUCUAGAAAAUGUUAUAAUGGUAACAAUUUUUAAAUUAUUAUUAUUUUGUAUGGGGAACAAGUUGAAAAUAAUAAUCUGUUCUUAAUUUAGUUGACUGAAUUGCAUUGUCUAACAUGAAAGUGCUAUUCUGGAAUGCUUCAGGGAAAAUGCUUUUAUUAAAGUGAUUAAAAAAAGCUUUAAA